AUGAUCACCCCGCGCAAGAUACUACUCGCUGUGUUCUGCGCGAUCACCUUCCUCCUCAUCCUCCGCUCGUUUCGAGAACCCGAAGUCCCUGGGGCGCCUGGAUAUAGACCGGUGAAGAAAAUAUCAGAUGAAGAGAAGGAUGCGCUAGCGAAUCCAGCACGGAAAACACCACCGCAAGGACGAGCCCAACUGCCCUUUGGCGCAUUACCCGCGGCACCGCUUCGGGAACGUCUCCGGUACCAAUUCCCCUACGAGAUCGAGAACAAAUUUCCGGCAUAUAUCUGGCAAACAUGGAAAUACUCCCCGGCGUCAUUCUGGUUCGACGAAGAUCUGCGCAGCCUCGAGGCCAGCUGGACAGAGAUGCACCCUGGGUUCACGCAUGAGGUCAUCCCCGAUGACACGCAGCAGCACCUAAUCAAGUACCUAUAUGGGUCGGUCCCGGACGUAUUCGAGGCAUACGAUUCACUGCCGCUCGCGGUCAUGAAGGCCGAUUUCUUCCGGUACCUGGUUCUUCUGGCGCGCGGGGGAGUUUACAGCGACAUCGACACCUCCGCGCUUAGGCCAGCGCACACAUGGCUUCCGGAGGAACUCGAUCGGACGACGAUUGGCUUGAUUGUCGGCAUUGAAGCAGAUCCGGACCGUGAUGACUGGCAUGAGUGGUACUCACGCCGGCUUCAAUUCUGCCAGUGGACCCUUGUGGCGAAACCUGGACACCCGGUCCUUCGUGACAUGGUGGCUUAUAUCACCGAGCAUGCCUUGCGGAUGAAGAGAGCUGGGAUUCUCAAGGUUGGCAAGAUGGAUAAGACAAUUAUGGAGUUCACGGGGCCUGGUGCCUGGACGGACGCUGUCUUCCGCUACUUCAACAAUCCGGCAUAUUUUAAUAUACAGCCUGGGGACAAGAACAUUACCUAUGAGGACUUCAGUCAUCAGACUACGCACCGCAAAGUCGGUGAUGUGGUUGUGCUGCCCAUCACCAGCUUCAGUCCUGGUGUAGGGCAGAUGGGUGCAGGGGAUCCAGAUGAUCCCAUGGCUUUUGUGAAACACAACUUCGGAGGUACGGCUGCUGUUUCGACAUCUUUACUCCGUUACACGUGGGAGUAA